AUGAAGACGUAUAAUAGUGCCAUAGCAACGCAGGACACCGCCGCCGCGGGCACCGAGAUGUUGUCUUCAUCGGAAGCCAUGUUCAGAAGAUAUGGUGAAAGCUCCAGCGACAAAUCCACCGGAUCCCUCUCAGCCCCACCGUCACGGAUUACUGGAGCAACCAACAGUGGAUCCCUCUGCCGCAUAGAUCAUGAUCUGAAAUGGUUGAGCUUAGACGAAUCUAUCGAAUAUCACAGAGAAGCCCAUCUGAGGAACACCCGUAUUUGUGAAGGGAAGAUAGAGGUAAGGAUUAUGGAUGCACCAUUGCGAGAGCGUGGAGAUAACGUAGCAAUAGUGUUGCAAGGGACUCAUGCAAAUCAGGAAAAGUUGAGAUUGCUGAACAAGCAGUAAAAUGUUAGAUGGAGCUGGAUCUAGAUGACACUUGUGGUUGUGCUCAUGUCUAAUGCUUAUUCUUCUUUUGGGUUUUGAGAUGAGGCAGUUCGAUGGAAACUUACGAGUUUGUUUCUUGCGGAUGUGUUAAACGGGAAAAGCCUCUGCUCUAAAAUCAGAAGGUACUGCUCAGUUUAGUGACCAUCUUGGUCAUUUAAAAGACACCAUAUGAACUGAUGCCAUCUCUUAAGAACAUAAACAACAAAUUCAGUAUCAAAAGUAUAAUCUGGAUUUUGUGCUGGUCGACGAAGAGGAUUGUUGUUACUUCCAAGCAACAAAAAAUUACGUUGUACAAGCUCAAGGUGGAGACCUCUUGAUGUUUUCAGAAAGAAAAGAGACAAAUGCGAAACUUUUGGAACUUUGUAAAGCGUUCUUUCCUACGACUUUUUUUUUCUGGAUACAAUAAGUUUGGAACGUUGUAUAAUAUAAGUCUUUUUACGACAAGUACUAUUGUUUGGUUUGUCUGGAUUUAUC